GCUCUUCAAUCGCCAAGUCACGUUCCGUCUUCUGUCAUGGUGCCGCGGAAAACAGCUUGUGGUCUUCGAAAUAUUUGUCGUCAAGACUACGGGAAAUAUUGAUAAUUAAAAGCAAUCUUGUUAUUAGCUCAUUUAGUAUGGAUAUAGCCGAAGUGGCGAAAUCUUCUAAGGAACAAGAGGGUGUUGAGCAGCCGGUGAUUGUAAAAGACAUAACACUUUCUGAAUAUGAAAAGGUGAUCGAGGCUCUAAAGAGGGCCAAGGCUGAGCUAGAAGCACAGAAUGAAAAAUUAAAAAGUGAACUUCAAAGUCGUGAGUCUGUGCAGGCUCAUAGAGAUAAACAAUCUCCAGUGGAGGAGAGGCUUACUGAUGUGGAACAAUCUGCUGAAAUAAAUGACGAUUCCAACACAGAAAGAAUGGAUACAGCCUGUGAAGAUAUAUCUGGCUGUGAUGGGAGUGCCAAAGAAGUCAAAGAGGAAGUUGGUUCUCUCCCAGCACAUUCUGUAGCUAGUGUUUCAAUGUCCGGUCCUGCUGGUGCAGGCAAAAUUCUUGAUAAGUCAUCAGUUGUGCAGAUUACUGCCUCAAAAGAAGAGAUCCAACGGCGAAUUUCAGCCUUUAUAAGUCACAAGCGGGCUGAGAUUGACGAGUUGAAUAAAGGAGAGUUUGGUUGUCCAGAUUCAGAUAACAGUUGUGCCAGAGUGAAUGCAGUGUAUGUACCUAAGUUUGGCAAAAGCCGUCUGAAGGUGAGUCGUGUGUACAACACACAUGGCCCACAGACUCAUAUGACAAGUGGCCAUUCAGCUGUGCUUGGUGGAGGCGACAUGGACAGCUGGAUGAGAGCCUGGGAAGAGUCACUGGAAGAAAGGCUAGGCAACGUGGAACAUCAUUUGAAAUUAAGCAGAGAUUCAGCACAUGAUUAUCUUGGUCGUAUAAAGGCUGUCGAGGAAAGAGUUCUGUUUCUUGAAGGACUUUCACCAGAAUACUUUCUUGGAGGUCCUCCACCACCAAAACGAAGAAGACUAGCAGCAACAGUUCCUUUUUCUGGACACAGUACCGAGAUACCAGUAGGCAUAAAGGAAAAGUAUCAAAACUGGACACUGGUGGACAUUGAUCAACGAAUACAUGAACUACGAAGAUCCUUACAGCAAAAAUCCCGCAAAGAGAUUUGAAAGUCUAGAUUCAGAAUACUUUCUCCAUAAUCUGGUAUUGCCAUAUUGGAUGAAGAUCAGCAUGCUGUUUUCAAAACUGCUUCAAGAUGCACCAGUGUGUGGAUGCCUGUGCCGCGCAAGGAUUGCAUAAGAGAGAGCAGACUGGGGGUGUGCCUAAAACAGACCAAAAACAGUUUAACAUAUUAUUAACAAUUACUCAAGAUAUGCUAGAAAAAGUGAACAGACAAGAAUGCAAGUAUGCAAUGUGAAAAACUGAUCUCUGUGACAUCUAGUUUGAUGGACUAGACCUUAAUGCCUAGUGUGAUUUAAGCAUUCCAGAAAUUGAUAUGCAAAGCAUGUUGCUUUCCGCAUUGAAAUCAUGAAUAGUUUUAUUUCCAGCCAAACUGUAAUUAAAAAUUUAUUAAGAUAUGGUUUGAAAAAGUGGCAUGUGCGAGAAAAAGAAAUGAAACACUUCAUUUGUUGGCAAAUGUUGAGCUGUGAAUACAACAUAUAAAAACAAACUUUUUCCAAAAGAUUAUUUGGAAUAGUAUUUACAAUGGUGAAAAAUCUCUCUUAAUGACCAUGUCAGAACUUCUUUGUGUAGAAGUUUAAUGGUUGAAGUUGAGGUCUCUUUAUAAACU